AUGACAGCAUCUUCUAAUGAACUCCUUGAAUCAAAGACUGUUGAAUUUACUGAUUCUAUACAGAAGUUGUUAAAUGGGCCAUUCGUCUUCUCACUUGGAUCGAAUACCAAUGUGACAUUAUCUUGUCGAGACCUCUCAGUUAUGAAGCAUCUGCAACAACGAGCCGAUCAAGUCAUACUCGACAUUGUUUAUAGAGUAUGCAAUUUGGAGUGUAAUAUUGCUUCAGAUGAUGGUGAUGAUCUCAUAUACGAUCAAAAGCAAAGCCUACAUCCUUCACUAGCAUUGAUUUAUUUGCUAUUUAUUCAAUUACCCGAUGGCACUGAGAAUGACAAGUGUCUGUUUCAUCAUCUAUCAUAUGAAACAAAGAAACAUAUGCAUGAAAUCAUACUCGAGCAUAUCAAACAAUUAAAGGAGUUUGUUCACCACGAAAUGGAAUUAAUUCAAUUAAUGCUAUCAAACCAAUAUGGUAUUAUUAGAAUGAAUAACUAUGAUGCACACAUUAGAGACAAAUAUUUGGAUGUCAUAUAUGAUACUUUGGAUACUAUAUUUGGUGUCUAUAAGGACCCCAAUAUAUCCAAAAGUGUUUGUAGAGACAAACCCGUUUAUAUGUUUUUAUUGGUGCUCAAAGAGUAUAGUUUUCAAGAUCAAAGAGAGUAUAUUAAAACGAUAUUCUUGGAUGCUCACAAUGAUGGUUAUUUCAUACCACAACAACCCAAUGACUAUAUGGAUGCGGAAGACUGGAAUAACCCACUCUUUUACGACAAUGUCUUUGACUCGGAAGAGUAUAGUGACAUCGAGUAUGAAAAGCCAAUAAUCGCCAAGAAAAUUCGAUCUUUUAAAGCGACUCAGCAUCAAGUAUUAUCUAUUCUAUUUGAACAUUUCAACCGAUGCCUAACACAAACAUCAUGGAAGGAUAAAUUAAUAGUUCUCAAAUUAUUAAAUAUGUUUGAUCACGUAUAUAAGGAUUGGAAAACAUAUUUUAGUAUUGAUCUUCUCAAAACAGUUAUAUCAGAAUCUUUAAAAGAGGAUAAUGAACUUGUUCAAUGUGAAUUAUUGGAAUUUAUUUACCAAUUCUGUAAUAUGCCCUACUACAUUAAAAUGUUUGUCAAUAAUAUAGAGUUUCCAGAUAUCAUCAAAGAGGUUUUUAAUCACAUCAUCAAUCAAGCUUCCCCAUAUCCUCGUUUAUUAUCCUCUCUAAUCAAGGUCUGUGAAGAUCGUCGUAAUCACAAUCAAUUUGCAUCCGAAAUGUUGAAAAAAUUAUUUCCUACAGAGCUUCUUUGGCAAGAAUGUAUUGUCAACCUCACUCUAAAGUCGGUUCAAUCAAAUCAUUGGGAGGUUAUAGAUUCUGCUAUAUCUUUUGUAUACACAUUCACAUACCAUCACAUUCCUCAAUUUACAAGUUUAAAAGCAUUAUCAACAGCGAUCAUUGGGUUAUUGGAUCGUUUUCAAAAUGACGAUAAUAUUUUAGAGCAUGUCCUUGAAUUUUUUGAUCGUAUUAUCGUUCAACUUGGAUUCAAAGAGAUCAAUCAAUUAGUUCAACGAAUAUUAUUUUCAAAACAAUAUCAACCAGAUCAAAUCGAUAACUUUGUGAGUGUAUAUCUUAUUCAGUGGAUAGGUAAAUCAGUAAAUAACUUGUCAAUCUAUUUACCAUCAGCCAUGAAAAUAUUACUUCUUGAUCAACCAAUCGAUAGAUAUUUUUGUAUCGACAGUCUUGUAAAAAUGUACAAACAACCACAUAAAACAACAAAUCAAUACAUUCAACAUUUAAUCACACCCAUGAUCCAACUACACGCCAGCCCAACAACAUAUACCCACACAACAGAAAAGGCAAAGGCCUCAAAAUUAUUGAGCCUCCUAUUCACAAGAACAGUUGAAUACAAAGGAAUACACCACCAAGAAUCUACUCUACUAUUUCAACAAAUACUCGAUUCAUUGGCUGAAGCAAUACCCUAUGAUCUAUCUCGAACUGAUCCAGAUGUACUAGAGCUUCUCAGAUACCAUUUGGCUGCGGCCACUAAAAUGGUCGAACAAAUAAUACUUAGACGAGGAAACAUUACAACCGAUCAAAUAUUACAAAUCAUCGAUUUGAUAGUACAAGCACAACAUUAUACUAUUAGCACAUAUCUUGAAUUUCGCAGGAGCUGGGAUGAAUUACCAGAGAUUGACAUUUUGGGUUAUCGAUUGGAUCAAUCAAAAUAUGGGAUCAACAAAAAGCGACUGCCUUCAAAAGUCGAGUUGGUCAUUGAUUUCUAUGAUGAACUAAAUAUUUUUCCAUUAAGCAUUACAAUGUCACCAACAGAGGAGAUAUCAUAUUCUGAAUGGAUUGAUAGAUUGAUGGUGGCACUUGAAAAGAACACGAGUUAUAGCCCAAGAGAUCUCACCAAGGAAUUAAAACAAAUAAAAGAAAAAUUAAUAAAAAUAAAUAAAUAA